AUACACAGGAAACUCAAACCAUAAUACUAAGCUCAAAAAUGAAGACCUUUAACCUUUUCUUUCAAUCACCACCAUCCUCCUCCAUCACUACCAUCUUCGCCACCGCCGCCAUCACCUUCCUCCUCUUCUCCUCCACCAUGGUGAACUCGACUGCCAACCUAUCUAAAACCGACAUGGAUCUUUUAGAGUUCCCUUUAAAUCUUGAGUAUUUUGAAGCCGAAUACUUCCUAUUUGGAUCCACGGGUAAGGGUUUGGAUAGCGUAGAACCCCGUCUAGCUGCCGGCGGCCCACGACCCAUCGGCGCAAAACAGGCCAAUCUUAGCCUUCUUAUCAAAGACGUAAUCACUCAAUUCGCUUAUCAAGAAGUUGGUCACUUAAGGGCUAUUAAGAAGAUUGUAAAAGGAUUUCCAAGGCCAUUGUUGAAUCUUAGUGCACAAUCAUUUGGGACUGUUAUGAAUGCUGCAGUUGGGAAACCUUUGUCUCCACCCUUCGAUCCUUAUGCUAAUGACCUCAACUAUCUUAUUUCAUGCUAUGUUAUCCCUUACGUUGGCCUCACUGGCUACGUCGGAGCAAAUCCGAAACUUGAAAGCCCUGUCUCGAGAAAGCUUGUAGCGGGCUUAUUAGGAGUGGAAUCGGGUCAAGAUGCGGUCAUUAGGAGCCUCCUUUACGAGCAGGCAGAUGAAAAAGUGAGUCCAUACAAGAUGACUGUAGGCGAAUUCACACAAAAGAUAUCACAACUACGAGAUAAGUUGGGCAAGGACGGGGUAAAGGAUGAAGGGCUUGACGUACCAAUCCAGCUCGGGCCUGAAAAGAAGACACAAGGGAACGUGUUAGCCGGUGAUCAAGAUUCAUUGGCAUAUGGUCGAACACCACAAGAAAUACUACGAAUAGUCUAUGGAACCGGGGACGAAAAGGCUCCGGGCGGGUUUUACCCGAAAGGGGGUGAUGGGGUUAUAGCUAAAGGAUAUCUAAAGACUAAACCGUCGAAGAAUUUAGAUUAGUCACUUUAAAAAUACGUUUGUAAUAGAACCCGUUGCUUUUUCGUUGAAUAAACAUUUUAGAAUUUAUGUUAACUAAUAAGAAAGGCACAAAGAAAUGAAGUUAAGGAGUUAAUGUGUAUGUCUAUGUAUGUUCGAAUUAUAGAAAAAUAUAGAACAAUGAUAAGUUAAA